UCUUUUCCCUUAGCUCACUCCAACAAUCAAUCAUCAAAGCUGUGAAACCUCGUCUCCUCUCCUCUCCAUCUAUGGCGGCGACACCGAAUGAGGAAGCAAUCAACACUUUCAUUAGCAUCACCGGCGCUUCAGAAUCCGUCGCCGUUCACAAGCUCCAGGAGCAUCAAUGUGAUCUUCAUCGAGCUGUGAAUGCAUUUUUCAACGAGGCUUGUCAAAAUUCAGUACCAGUGAACGUCCCUCUAGACGAUGCAAUGGAUAUAGAUGAUGUGACACCCAUAGAGGUUAGGGAUAGCAGUGGGCCAUCAGAACGAUCUAUCGACCAUGUCACGGAAACAGUACAUGUUCAGGGUCCACCUACCCAAGGGACCGUUACUAUAGAUGAAGAGAGUGAUGAUGAUAAUGUUCCUUUUGCACCAACAAGAAGAGGAAGUAGGCAAGUUAUACAUGCACCCAGUAAUGUUCAAGAUUACAAUGAUAUUGAAGAAGAGAUGAUUCAAGCUGCCAUUGAGGCCUCUAAAGUGGAUGUUGAGGGAUUAAGUAAUCCUUUACCUCUUGAGAGGCCGCCGUCUCACAUUGGAGAUGAUGAUGACGUAGCAAAAUCUGUCACGGUGCAGUCAGCUGAGGAACAAGUGUUGCGCAAUCAAGGGUAUAACGCCUCAACCUCGGCUUCUGCUCAAGGACAUACGCAAGCCCUGAAUGGAAGAUUGGCAGCACCCACCUUACCAUUUGAGGAUGAGUCCGAUGACGACGAUGAUGAGGAACCUCUUGUUAGACACAGGCCAAUACGUGUGGCAUCUGGAUCUCUAGCCCAACCUGAUGCUGAUCGUUCCCGGAGCAGGAGUCCUCAAGCGGACAAUGGCAAUAGGUUUCCUUCUGAGUGGGGAGGCAUUUCGUCUGAGGAACAUGAUGAAGCUGUCAUGCUCGAGGCAGCCAUGUUUGGUGGAAUUCCCGAAACUGGAUAUAAUCAUCUUCCAUUCUUACCUCCUCAGCACAGGGCACCACCCUCACCUUCAUUGACAGCUCAGAGGUUGAUACGUGAACAGCAGGAUGAUGAGUAUCUUGCAUCCCUGCAAGCUGACCGAGAUAGAGAACUACAAUCCAUUAGAGAUGCCGAGGCACGUCAAUUAGAGGAAGAAACUGCUAGAAAGGCUUUUCUUGAGCAAGAAAAGAAAAAACUCGAGGAGGAAAAGGAGCUAGAGAGGCAACUAGAUGCAAAAAAGGCGUCUCUACCUAAGGAACCACAAGCAGAUGAAGAAAAUGCUAUUACCCUUCUAGUCAGGAUGCCAGAUGGAACUAGACAUGGCCGUCGAUUCCUUAAAUCGGACAAACUCCAAUCUCUUUUCGACUUCAUAGACAUAGCCAGAGUGGUGAAACCCAAUACAUACCGACUGGUGAGACCUUACCCUCGGCAUGCGUUUGGGGAUCGGGAAAGUGAGUCGACUCUGAAUGAUCUUGGUUUGAGCAGCAAACAAGAAGCGUUAUUUCUCGAGCUCAUCUGACUUAAAACUUUUAGCUCUUAAAAUAUAUCACACUUCUUGCAUUCGUCUUUUUUCUUUCAAGUUAUUUUUUCAUCUUUCUUUCUAUAAAAGCAAAUUUUUUUUUGUUGGGUGUUAUUAUAAAGUAAACAUACAGUCGUCGAUUUAGGCGUUUCAUUUGUAUAUACGUUACACAUUGCCUGCAGAAGAAAAAAUCAAACUGAGAACAUCGUAAAACCUUAA